AUGUCGCUGUACGGGGACCUCCCGCCACCAAGCAAGGAAGGGGACACGCCCGUCAAGAAACCCACCGCCGAGGGUGCAGCUGGCUCCAGUUCUUCCAGUUCCGCCAAAUCAACCCUCCCUGCUGGUUGGUCCUCUGUGACUCGUUUCAAGCCGAUCAACAGGAAGCCUGUGCCGCCAAAACAGAAGCCUGCCAUGAGGAGCAUCCCUGCUGGAUUCGUAUCGCAGUCGAUCACUUCGACAACGGCAACAACAGCUUCUACAACGGCCGCAAUCACAACAAAAGAGUCUCAGAGCGGAGUCACGACGGUUUACAGAGCACCAACUACAGUUGUGUCAUCUGCGGUCACCAACACUGCUCAAGCGCCGCAGGUCCAGGCAAAGACCGUCGAUGAGAACAGCUGGUUACGAGCACGGAUUGCCCAGGUUCAACGUCAGGACAAUGAUACUCAGGGCUGGAGACAACCAAAGCGACCGCCUGUCAAAGCACAGCAAGGAGGACCCAUGUCACUCAAUGACGAGUACGAGGUCGCCAGACCCAACGAAUAUGAAGAGUUCAAGGACUUAUUCGAGAAUGAUCGGAGGCAAUCCGAGGAGGAGAAGCGUAAUUUCGGACGGCAUGGAGGAGCAGGGGCAUACAAGGCAUUUGCCCCGCCGCCGAGUCAGACCAACAUUCUUUCUCAAGCUCGGCCUGUGGAAAGAGAGCCAGUCGUCUCUUCAGCCCCGCCCCCAACAUCGGGUUCGCCCGUGCAGAGCAAGCCUGCGUUUGUCAUGAAUGACACUUCAGGAGAGGAAGCUUUCAACCGCCGAGCAAUGUUGAGUCAGCAGCGCUCUCAGCCAGCCCCUCAGCAACAUCAAGCACUUCCGCAGUUCCAGCAGCAUCAACAACGUCAGCAACAACCGCAACAGCAGCAGCAUAAACCUGCAUUUGUACCAGCAGCUCAAGCCAGCCCCUUCAAAGGAGUACCAUCGACAGUGAUCCUGCUGACAAACAUGGUCGGCCCAGGCGAAGUCGACGACGCGCUGCAAGAAGAAACAGCAGCCGAGUGCGAGAAAUUCGGAGCUGUCGUUCGGUGUCUCAUCUUUGAGAUCAAGAACAGAAACGUCUCUCCUGAAGAGGCGGUACGGAUAUUUGUCAAGUUUGGAGCCAAGGAGUCUGCAGAACGCGCGUUGAGGGACUUGCAUGGUCGAUUCUUUGGCGGGCGGCAGGUUCGUGGCCAGUUCUUUGAUGAGGCCCGGUUUGAUGCUCUUCAACUCGCUCCGUAA